GUGGAAAGUUUUUGUAUUUCUUGUAUUUUUUCCUGCCAGGUUACCUGAGGACAUUGCAGCAGAUCGUAAACUUCUAUACAUCCUAAUUGAACACUUCACUUAAAAAUGGAAUUACAGUUUGCAAAUCAUACGAUUGUAAUGUAAUUCGGCCACACAUAGCCCAAUUGAAGUGAUUAUUUACUUAUAAUUUGAAUGUGUAAUUAACAACUGUUAUAUAUGGGAAUGCUAAAUGAUGGUUCUGUCAAAAUAUUUUAAAUAUCAUACCACAGUAUUUAAAAACAAUAAAUAUACGUACAUACGUUGCUACGUCACUGCCAAAGAAAUAAACGCCUUUAGAUUGCCAAGAUUAGAAUUUCACCAGAUUUGCGACUACUGCGAAUUUUACUGCUGAUGUCUUGAAUUUCUGAACCUCAAGGCUGCAUCUAUUGACCUCAUGGCCCUGCCACCUGCGAUUUCUUGAGCAGAGUGAUGAAUUAAAAUAGGCCAGUCACUUCCCAUCGCUUCUUUUCUGCAGUUGGCAAAUAUGCAAAUAGUCACCUGACAUGUCUGCACUCUCCAAUGUCCAGUUAUAUAAAGUACUUACAUACAAUAUUUGCACAAAUAAAAUGAAAUUGUUCACUAAAAAUAAAUCGUAAUUUUCAUGCGAGCUGCAGUCACAAUUAAGUAAUGCCUUGCGUGGAGGCGCAAGCGUUCUGCUCACGAAACAAAAGCCGUCUGCAGACGGAAACUAAUCCCUGGUUCUGUGAUAAGAGUUUGAAAGAAAACGAACAGGUCUUACUCAAAACAAUCAGCCCCAGUAUCUCGGCAGCCAGAGGAGGCGCCUACGUGCACGAUUUCUGCGAAACUCUUGGCCGCGGGACUUUCCUAACCCCAGCGACGAACGUGUGUGGGCGAAUGCCAUGGAGGGAUCGAGAGAGGCACAGACGCAGGGAAAACAAGCAAGUCGCUCACCGAGUGGCCUGGUGGAGCCCGGUGUGGCGGAGGCUCGCGGGAUGCCGACGGGGCUGGUCCUGCGGUUCUGGCCCGUCCGCGUGCGCUUCGGGGUCCUCGGUCUCGCCGCCUGCGUCGUCUCCACCGUCCUGCUGCUCUUCCUCAUGGACGAGGAGCUGUCGGGAUUCGGGGAGAAUGACCAACAGCACUUCGCCAAGCAGGUCCUCUUGCAGCAGCUCCAUUCUGCCAGCAAUGAGAUUUCCUUCCGUAAUCUGACCAACAUGGACAUGCCGCUUAACGUGACGUAUUACCACCUGGCCGGCUUCCUGCUGAACAAAAAAAAGUACCUGACGAUCGGCAUCUCGUCGGUGAAGAGGGCGAGGGGCAACUACCUGCUGCAGACGCUCAAGUCGAUCUUCGAGCAGUCGAGCGACGACGAGCUCGCGGACAUGGUGAUCGUCGUGCACCUCGCCGACUUCGACGCGGAGUGGUGCGAGGGCACGGCGCGCGCCGUCGCCCGCAAGUUCUCGCAGCACGUCAUGCGCGGCCGCCUGGUGGUCAUCCACGCCCCGCGGCACACCUACCCGCCGCUGCAGGGCCUCAAGAGGAACUUCGACGACCCCGACGACAGGGUGACCUUCCGCUCCAAGCAGAACGUCGACUACGCCUUCCUCACCAACUUCUGCGCCAACCUGUCGGAGAACUACCUGAUGCUGGAGGACGACGUGGCGUGCUCGCGCAACUUCCUCACCUACGUGCGCAAGUUCGUGUCCUCGCUCGAGGGCCAGCCCUGGGCCACGCUCGAGUUCUCCAAGCUGGGCUACAUCGGCAAGCUGUACCGCUCGUGCGACCUGCCCCGCCUCGCCCGCUUCCUGCUCAUGUUCUACCAGGAGAUGCCGUGCGACUGGCUCCUCAACCACUUCCGCACGCUGCUGGCGCAGGGCGACGCCAUCCGCUUCAAGCCGUCGCUGUUCCAGCACAUGGGGUACUACUCGUCCUUCCGGGGCACGGCCAACAAGCUCAAGGACGACGACUUCGAGGACGAGCCGUCCGACGUGCCCGACAACCCGCCCGCCCUCCUCAGGACCAACAUCGAGGUGUUCGAGGCCUACCACCCGUACAAGGCCUACGGCCUGGGCGGCGAGUACUUCUGGGGGAAGGCGCCGAGCGCCGGCAAGUUCUUCCUGCUCGUCUUCAAGAAGGCGGCGAAGAUCGAGAGGAUCAAGGUGCGCACGGGAACGGAGGACAGGAAAGGGGACGUGCUGCGUCACGCCGCGCUGGCCGUCGGGGACGGCCUGAAGCCCACGUCCACGGGGAGAGACUGCAGCAACUACGUGCCGCUCGGGGAGUUCGCCGACGGGCAGUUUCGACCUGGCGGGUGUAUCGACAUUGGUGGCGAUGAAGUAAACUGCCUGCUCAUUAGAGUGGUGAAGGAACAGACCGAAUGGGUCAUUAUACAAAACAUUGGCGUUUGGACCGUGUAAAUCACGCGCUCUGUUUGAAAAAAAAAAUCCUUUUUUACUGUGUACGAAAUCGAACUGCUCGGUAUUUUUGUGCUGCACAUUUUUUUACGCUUUUUUUUCUUCCCACAUUAAAAUCGACAAUGUCAAACUACCGUUUACAUUUUCGUUUUUAAAUGCCUAUUGUGAUUUGUUUGGGUUCAGGUAAAAUUGUAGUUACAAUUACCAGCACUAUGACAAUGUUUAAUUAUGGUUUGUUCUUUUAAUCGUUACCGCACAAAAAUCGUUGACAAAAUAAACAAAACACUUUGUACAAUAUUUUUUCUUGCUUCACUCUACAAACGUGCAAUGAAUCCAAUAUUGUAUAGACACGCAGGCGUCGACCUGCAAUGCACAUUUUACACGUCCCGAUUUCUUCGCCGCUUGCACCUGCACAGUUGCCUUAAUAACGAAUACAAUAAUCAAUGGCCGGUGUUAAGUGACCUCACAUUCAAAGGAGCAAAGCACACUGCUGACCUCAGUGACAUUUGUGGACGCUCGCAUACGGUGGCCUCAAAAAAUAAAAAUAGCAAAUCACUACACAUUGUGAGGUGUGGGUGGAGAGGAAAAAAACUUAGCACAACAAUUGCAAAUUCAAGAAACCUUCCACUACAAGGCUUAAUGAAAGGUUAAAUUACGAGCGUUUGUCAGUUGGGAGUGUGUGCUUUUUGCCUGGGUUAUUUUUUGCAAUAUUGGUGGUAUUAUUAUUCUUGCUGCAGCCCACUGCCUAAAUGCCCUACGACUCUCAGAAACGAAACGAUGAAUAUUUCAUAAGGAAGUAAUAAUGGAACACGGGGUAUCGUAAAAAAAAGUGGUCAAUACGACGAAAGUUGUUGAUCACAUGAGCACUGGACCAAGGCACAGGAGAAAAAUAUGUUUUUAAUACUUGUCUAUUUUAAAUAUAAAUCUAAAACAUUCACGUUGAUCAUUUUUGCACGAGCACUAAAAAUUAUGAGCAUGAAAGCAUGAAUAAUAUUUGAUUUCAGGUCUACAUUUAAAGAGUGCUGUACGUGAAACAUUCACUCAUGUGUAAAGAACAUUCACAAAUAAUUUGCUAAUGUUCGUUGAUGCAACAAUUCAUCCAGCGGUUAAUAUAUAUUGUACUGAAUCUCAAAGUUACCGAAUUGGUUUAUGUUUUGCAUAUUCACCUGGGUCUCCUGAAGCGUGUAAGCGUGCGGAUGCAUAAUAACACAGAAAUGAUGCGUUUGAUUUAUAUUUACAAACCCAAUUGAAUUUGCUUUUCAUAAAGAAAAAUUUACAUUUAUUUAAAAUAAGCAUCUGCCGGCACAUUUAAAUUAUUAGCAACAAAUGUUUUUUGAUGAAUGUAAUGGUUUGAGUGGCCGAUUUUAUCCCGCCAGAAUAGUGCCUUUAGUUAUUUAUAUGUCAAAGUAAUCGUCAAAGUUGGGUUAUAAACCACUUUUAAUAUCACAAAAAUGAGUUUUUAUAUGCGGUAGCUAUAAAAACGCCUUAACAUAUGCAAAGUGUCACAAUUUAUACGCAAUAUAAUGCAUCAAGAGUGGUACUGAAUUCAAAGCAAAACCUCUAUUUAAGAAUUCUACCCACUCGUGACAGAUUCAAGUCCACGAAAUGGAAUUUCAGGUUUAAGAAACAACACGAUAAUGAAAUAAACACAAAAAAGCUAGAGUUUGAACCUCAGAGAAAAAUAAUAUAUGUAGAGUAUAUACAUUUAUACGAUAACGUGUUUAGUUAAAAUAAAGUAAAGUUCCCAAAUUUCAAAAUGGGACUCAAUUUAAAUUUUUUUUGUCCAAUAAACUCGAUUUCAUUUGGACAA